AGGCGAUCAACCGAGUUGGUAUCGGCGGCGGCAGUCCUGUUCCGAGGCAGCGCGCGCAUCAAUUGCCCAGCACAAUAUGAGCUUUGACGGGAAGAAGAUAUGCACAUUCUACCUACAAAACCAGUGCACGAAAGGCGCGUCCUGCCGCUUCGAGCACACGAUCACAAUGGCCAAGCCUCGGCGACCAGCCUGCAAGUUUUUUCGAGAAAACAAGUGCACUCUUGGAACGAACUGUCGAUUUGAGCACUCGCUCCACUCCCGUGGAAACUCGCAUUCUGAUGAGGCCGCGUCAUUGUCGUUUCCUCACUCGAACCCGUCGCUCCUAUCGUCGUCCCUUCAGGCUUCCGCCGUUGCCCCAGUCGUGCCCGUGACCAAGCUCGUGACUGCAAACCAACGCACAGCCACUCACUCGGAAGCGUCGCAGACCCUGUCGCAGCCCAAGUCCGACCCAGGUCGGAUUGUCAAAGGUGAAAUCAACGGCUUGACAUUCCAAGUCGAGAUUGUCGACCCAGCAUCCAUCUUUGGCCUGGCCCACCGUCGACGCGACAUGGAUGAAGAGACUGAUUUCUCGUAUGUCGAACCAGAGCCGAUGGUGGCUGCCAUGGCUGGGGGAGACUGCGACGACGUUGCUCGAAACUCGCCGCAGUCAUCGUCCGGUACACACUGCGCAUCCACGUACCAAAAACAACUGGACGAGCUCGAGGCCCAUGUCAAGGCGCUUCAGACCAACAACCCUUCAGACAGAUCAACCCAACUUCCUCACUACGAGCAAUUUGGCAACACGUCCGACUACUCUGAGUAUUCGGAUGUGCAACCCGCCCACCCGCCGAAAGUGUGCAGGUUCUUCCAGCAAGGCCUGUGCCGGUACGGCUCGGCCUGCAUCUACUCGCACGACCAGCCCAUCGACCCAAUCGAAAAACAGCUCAUGCUGGCCGAACUGCUCGAGUCGCAAGCGAUCGAGUGCAACCUGUGCAUGGAUCUCGUCCUGCGACAGGGCGAACGCUUUGGCAUCCUGUCGGGGUGUGCCCACGCAUUUUGCCUCAAAUGCGUGCGCAACAAGGAGAACAAGACACCGAUUCGAGCGUGCCCAGUUUGCCACGCUGACAUUGAGUUUGUCGUCCCGUGCAAUCGCCACGUCCAGGACGAAGCAAGGCGCGCCCGCCUCUUCAUCGACUACAAGACAAACGUCGCUCAAAUCCCAUGCCGGCUGUUUGCCCAAGGCCGGUACGGUUCCAACUGUCGACUGGACAACAUGAAAGCAUCUCACGGACGACGCGUGUUGCGCAGGGGGACUUGUCCGUUUGGGUCCAAGUGCUUUUACGAACACCGCAUGGCGGACGGCACCGCUCCUCCUCCGGCUGCGCCCCUGCAUCGCCAGACCAGUCGGCCCCUCUCGAAUCUAAAGUAAUCUACGUCUAUUUGUCAUGCGUGGGUGCCAUGGAACGGACCGGUCGAAGUCGCUGCAGGCGAGUUUUCUCGAUGGCACCAUCCCCAUGCUGCUCACAGCGUUAGGUUGGUUUGGCAGCGAGCUUGCCUCGCUGCAACUGCUUCCACGCCUUGGCGGACAGAGCAAACUC